UGUUGAGUAAGAGCACCUGAACAGACGAAAAGAGUUCUGAGUGAAAUUAGCGAACGUGUCUGUGACCAGAAAUAACGAGGACGAUAACGGAGAAAUGGACGAAAAGGUUUUUACGAAAGAACUCGAUCAGUGGAUCGAGCAGCUCAACGAGUGCAAGCAGCUGACGGAGGGCCAAGUGAAAACACUGUGUGAAAAGGCUAAGGAGAUCCUAACCAAGGAGUCAAAUGUCCAGGAGGUGAGAUGUCCUGUGACUGUGUGUGGCGACGUGCAUGGGCAGUUCCAUGACCUGAUGGAGCUGUUCAAGAUCGGAGGCAAAUCUCCAGACACAAACUAUCUGUUCAUGGGAGACUAUGUGGAUAGAGGCUACUACUCUGUAGAAACCGUCACUUUACUAGUAGCUCUUAAGGUUCGGUUCCGGGAACGCAUCACAAUCCUCAGAGGAAACCAUGAGAGCAGACAGAUCACACAAGUGUAUGGCUUCUAUGAUGAGUGCCUAAGAAAAUAUGGUAACGCCAACGUUUGGAAAUACUUCACAGACCUGUUUGAUUACCUUCCUCUCACCGCUCUGGUCGACUCUCAGAUCUUCUGUCUACAUGGAGGCCUGUCACCAUCCAUAGAUACACUUGAUCACAUCAGAGCACUUGAUCGCUUACAAGAAGUACCACACGAGGGCCCCAUGUGUGACCUCCUGUGGUCAGACCCCGACGACCGCGGUGGUUGGGGCAUCUCCCCUCGAGGAGCCGGUUAUACUUUUGGUCAGGACAUCUCGGAGACGUUCAACCACGCCAACCGCCUGACACUAGUGUCUCGUGCCCAUCAGCUGGUUAUGGAGGGUUACAACUGGUGCCAUGAGAGGAAUGUGGUGACAAUAUUUAGUGCUCCCAACUACUGCUACCGCUGUGGCAACCAGGCAGCUAUCAUGGAACUAGACGACACUCUCAAAUACUCCUUCUUACAGUUUGAUCCCGCGCCUCGUCGAGGGGAACCGCAUGUCACUCGCCGCACCCCAGACUACUUCCUGUAAAAUCUGACCUUUGACCCUUGUACAGUAAAGCCCAGUAUUGCAAUGAUCUAUGAAAACCACAUUCAGCUGAUGACA